GGUGUUUACUGGAUGUUAUCUGUAUCAGUGCCGGCCCCUCGUCUUUCCAGAGCGGACUGCUGAAAUGCUAAAACAGGAUGGAGGAGGAAUUUCAAAAGAGGGAGUGACGAGAGCCAGGGAGGGAGAAAGGCUGAGGGAGAGAGGAGGGAGUAAAAAGACCAGCUUAGAAGGCUGGUGCUCACAGGCUCAGCUGGACUACAGGAGAGCUGGACCUCAGCCGGUCGCAGUUUUCAGAUAAAAAAAAAAGGCACAAAUUAGGAGAACUAAUUAGAUUUGGGGAUAGACGUCAAGAUGAAUAGUGUUGCAGACUGGCUGGUGGAGAACAGGGAGAAAAUUGAGAAAGGCGUGGACAUCAUGGGCCAAGCCUCUGAGGUGCUGGCGGCCACAGUGGGCCAGCUUCACCCCAUCCUGGAGGCGGUGUUCAUGGCCUCUGCUGAGCUCCUCCAAGACCCGGAUAGCAAAGAGUCUCGCUACCUGACUCAGCAGUUUGAAAAGGUCAAUGAGAAACUUGUGGGAAUCCAGAGUGAGAUUGACCAAAUCGCCAAGGCGCUGGAGAAGGCAUCACUGAACAAGCAGAACUUUGAUCAGGAGGCGCAGAUGUUGAGUCAGUACGAAAAGUUCCAGGACUUUGUGAACGCCAAGCCAAAGUUCAAGGAGAAGAAGAAGGAGAAGUUCAUCAGUCAUUACGAGAACACGGACCGUGACCUGAACUUGGAUGUUCUCUACAACUCCAUCAUGGGGGAGAACCUUUCAGGGUGUCCGUUGUUGGAAAAGGUUGUCGACAUUAAUGAGAGGGACCGAAGGGCGGUGGAGGAUUUCUGUGCUCAGCUGAAGAAGCUUUUUGUGGUCGGCAUCAUCGCGGUAAUGGGCUACACCGCCCUCACAGAUGGAUGGGUCGGGGAGGACAUAGUGAAAAAGUGGCAACAGCGAAUGGAGAAUGUUGAGAUGAAAAUGAAAGCAGCCGUGGACGACUGCACGGAGAACUUCACCAAACAAGCCAAGGAGGACAUAGAGGCCCAUUUUCUGAAGAACCCCAACAUCACCAGUGCUGAGAUCACCAAAGCACUCCUGGAGUUGCUGGUUAAAAAAUACGACUGGGUGAGAUGGUCCAUCAGGGUCUUCAAUGACAGGGAGCGCAUCUUCUUCUUUAACUGGCUGGCAGGAAAGAAGUACCAUGGCAGCGGGGGGGCCAACUGGUUUGAUUUUUUGACCGGAAACAAAAUCAAAGUGGUGAUCUCGUUCUGCGUCGACCCGAAGCCCAUCAACAAGGUCCGCAUCCAGGAGCUGGUGGAGCAGCAAAAGCUGAAGGGCAACAUGAUGGCGGUGGCUCUGGCUCUGCACAAGGACUUCCCCGACUGCCUGGUCCACGCCGUGAGCCACUACAAGAUGGUGGAGCAGGCCAACAACUUCCCAGAGGACUGUUAUUACUUUGGAAAACACAAAAGAGCUUAUCUGUGUAUCCAUUCUGAGUAGGGCUGAAGAAAAUUGCUCCUGAAUGAACAGAAACUUGGAAUCAUCUCAUAUUCUUGUAUGUCUCCUGUUGCUGUAUCUGCUGUCUGGGUCAUUAUCGUGUCUUUCUGCUGCUGAUGCAGCAGCUUCAGAGUGUUCUGGAAUAUCCAAUCCAUCUUAGUGUCGUCAGAACGAUCUCAGAUAAUAAACAGAUUAGAAUCUCAGCAUUAAUGUUUGUUGGAUUGUUGCCAGAGACUCUGACUUUGAUUUAUAUCAAACCUACUUCUGGACAUUUGUUGGAGAGCGAGUCGACGCCUCUAGAUAAUUUAUGGGUUGUUCCAGAUGUUUUUACAGUUUAACAACUUCACAUUUUGCAAAUUACAAAACCAAUUUGAGCUUGAUCAGACUAUCAAAUAAAUAUAAACUGUUAAAUUUGAAUAUUUUAUCUAAUGCAUGUUUUUAAGGCAGAAAAAGCUCAUUAAUUAAUAUGAUCCCAUCAGCAAGCAUUCAUGUUAUUAUUUAAAAACAAGUGAAAAGGUUAGAUUUUUCAAAUUCCCCAGUUGUUUUCUUUUCUGUGACCUCAAAAGCAGUUUUUCUUUCCCUCUAAACACAUCUGUGCAUGAGCCAACGUGAUCAUCCCUGGCUUUUAUUUAAUAAAAACAUUAGGAGUAAUAGAGAUUGCAGAAAAACGACAUGGCCCAUGACUUUUAUGAAUGUUUUCCACUUCAAUAAAGGGAUAUAAAAGAAA